UGCUCUUAAAUACAGUAAUCCUAAAGUGGCUGGAGAAGACAAAUGCAGAGAAUUCGGAGGGCAUCCGAACAUCAUUCGACUCCUGAACGUCAUACGGGCUCAGAAUGACAAGGACAUUUACCUGGUUUUUGAAUCGAUGGAGACAGACUUGCAUGCAGUGAUCAAGAAGGGAAAUUUACUGAAAGAUAUUCAUAAAUGCUACAUCCUGUACCAGCUCUUGAAAGCCACCAAAUUUAUCCACUCAGGAAAUGUUAUUCACAGGGACCAGAAGCCUUCCAACGUCUUGUUGGACAGAGACUGCUUUGUGAAGCUGUGUGACUUUGGGCUGGCUCGUUCCCUGGGUCAGAUUGAAAAGGAUGAAAGCAACCCUGCACUUACUGAGUAUGUUGCGACUCGCUGGUACCGGGCCCCUGAGAUCCUACUUGCAUCGAGAUGCCACUGCAGAGUCUCCUUCCUAAGAAACAGCACGACUCUCUGUCUCCUCCUCCCAUUGUCACUGUCGUUGCCUAUCAGAAGUUACACCAAGGGGGUGGAUAUGUGGAGCAUUGGCUGCAUCUUGGGAGAAAUGCUUCUCGGGAAGCCUUUGUUCCCAGGGACAUCCACAGUCAACCAGAUAGAGCAGAUUCUACAUAUUAUUCCUCCCCCGAGUGCAGAAG